AGGCAGGGUGUGCAGGGAGCUUGGCUCAGGCCACCCUGGGUGGGGGAGUCUUAGUGGAAGAGGAAUCAGCACCUCCUGUGUUUCUCUCUGAGCAGAGCCAGGAUGCCACCAGUGGCCCCAGGGUCCUGGCUCAGAACAACCCUAGGACGUGCUCCUCCGAUGACAUCCAGAGGGCCCUGAAUGAGCUGACAAAGGUGAAAGCAGAGAAGGAGGAGCAGGACAGGAAGGUCAAGGAGCUAGAGAAGAGCCUGAUGGACCUGAAGGCAGACAUGGCUGUGCCCCCAGCCCUGCAGCCCCCAGCCGGGCCCUCUGAGGAGCAACUGCAGCUAAAGUGUGAGCUCCAGCAGCUCAAACACCAGCUGGAGCUUGUGUUGGAAGAGCUGAAGACACAGAAAAAAGAAACCUGCAGCCUGUGUGUAAGAACGGUGGAACAGGCGGAGCAGCUGGCCCAGAUGCAGGACAGUGUUCUGAGGCAGAGUGAAGACAACCUAAAAAUGGCCAGUGCGUUGCAAUCGGAGCAGCUGGAGAGGAAGGAGCUGGCCAGGAAGCUGGGCCAGCUGCAGGAGAAGAUGGUGCAGCUCAUGGCAUUGAGGCUUGAGAACCCUGAUCCAAGGAAGAGACAGGCUGGGAGAAGAGGCUGCUUGAGUCUGAGCUGCAUUCUCAUCUCAGCUGCCCUGGUCACAGUUUCAGUGCCUCCAUCACCACGCCUGGGUGUCCACCACCUGAAGAGGAUGUGAGCCUUUUCCCCUCGAACUGGUGGAUUAAAUGAGACCAUGUGUGUGAAGGAAGGGAGGCUGGGCCAGUGCUUAGUGGAUGUGGGCUGGCUUCCUCUGAUUCUGCACAGCUGUGGUCCGAAGUCCCAGGGCUGGGAAAGGAGGUUCUGAGGCUUGAGGCUGGGUGCAG